AUGUUCAAUUCGUACAUUGUGGUAUUAUCUCUUUCUCUCCUAGGUUUUUGCUAUGGCUUACCGACCAAUAGUACGAGUGAAGCGCAUAGCUCCGCUUCUCAGAAACUUCAUUUGUAUAUGAAAAAUUCUACUUCGGAAGAGGACGACCAGUUUUCACCGAUAUUAUCGCAACUCAGAAAUACAAAUGAGCAAAUAGAAUAUGAACGAAGCGCAGUUCUACCAUUUUUGAGCUUUUUGUUUGAUACUUUGGGUGUCAUCGACGAUGCAUUUGGGGACUGUUUAGAUGAUAUGGUGAUUGAGUUAAUACCAGAUGAUCCUACUGCUCCUGGUUAUCCUACUGUACCGGAAAAUAUAGAAAAAAGUAAUACCACACCGAAAAAUUAA